GAAAGAGAACAAGUAAGCUUGGUCUCUACCAUUGCCAUUCUCCACUUUGCCUUUCAUUUCGGGCUAUCGCAUUGCGUAUCUUAUCUACCACAACUACCAUUAUGUUUUCCGCUACUCGAUCCCUCGCCGCUAGGUCCAUAAGGAGCCGUGUGUUGCCAGUAAGAUCUGCAGCCAGAGCUUUCUCCUCGUCCCAUGCUUGCCGUUCAGAAUCGUCGACGCUGAACUCGCUGGAUACCUUCACAGACGAGGAGCAGAUGCUCAGAGAGUCCGUCAAGCGCUUUGCAACCGAGGUCGUUGGCCCCAAAGUGCGUGAGAUGGACGAAAAGGAGAGUAUGGAUCCCGCCAUCAUCAAGGGAUUGUUCGAGCAAGGUCUCAUGGGCAUCGAGACCAGCGCAGACCACGGAGGUUCCGAGUCCUCCUUCACCUCCGCCAUCAUCGCCAUCGAAGAACUCGCAAAGAUAGACCCUUCCGUGUCCGUCAUGUGUGAUGUCCAUAACACCCUCGUCAACACCAUCUUCCGCAAGUACGCCACGAAGGAACAGCAGGACGAGUUCCUCCCGCAGCUUUCAGAGUCAAAGCUCGGGUCCUUCUGCUUGUCUGAGCCCGCUUCAGGGUCUGAUGCCUUUGCCUUGCAAACGCGUGCAAAGAAAGAUGGUGACCACUGGAUCAUCAAUGGCUCCAAGAUGUGGAUCACAAAUUCAUACGAGGCAGAGAUAUUCUUGAUCUUUGCCAACGUGGAUCCCAGCAAAGGUUAUAAAGGUAUUACCUGCUUCGUAGCCACGAAGGAUAUGGGUAUAGAGAUUGCAAAGAAGGAAGAAAAGCUGGGAAUCCGCGCUUCGUCGACGUGUACCCUCAACUUUGACGAUCUGAAGGUUCCCGCAGCGAACGUCAUUGGUGGAGAAGGUAAUGGCUACAAGAUUGCGAUCGAAAUUUUGAACGAAGGCCGUAUAGGCAUUGCAGCACAAAUGCUUGGGCUUGCUCAGGGCGCAUUUGACAAAGCCGUUCCCUAUACCUAUACCCGUAGUCAAUUCGGUCAACCUGUCGGCACGUUCCAGGGUAUGGCCUUCCAGAUUGCUCAAGCAGCUAUAGAGAUAGAGUCUGCCCGUCUAUUGACGUACAACGCUGCGAGACGGAAGGAGGAAGGGAAGAGCUUCACGAAAGAAGCCGCCAUGGCGAAGUACUGGGCAAGCGUGAUCGCACAAAGAGUCUCGGGACAGGCUAUCGAGUGGGCAGGUGGUGUGGGAUUCACGAGAGAGACAGGUAUUGAGAAGUUCUGGAGAGAUUCUAAGAUCGGAGCGAUCUACGAGGGAACCUCGAAUAUACAGCUACAAACUAUUGCGAGAUUUAUCCAGAAGGAGUAUUCAUAGCGUGUAAUUGUCAUUGUUGUCACACAAGUCCAUUGGGAAUUUUGAUUUAUAGCGUUCAAAAAAGAACCAGAAAGACUCUCGUACGCAUACAUCUGACUUUCGUAUCGCGCCUUCAG